GUGUGCGGGUGGCGUCUUGUGCUUGGUUUUUUGGAGUAAAGAAAAAAAUGUGCGCGUAGAGGCUGAGCAAUUGCUUUGCUAACUACUAGUUUUCGAACGACCAAUAAGUACGAUGGAAGGCAGAAAUUACGGCUCAGGUUUUUCCAAUUGGGGUGGUGGAGGCUCUGGCAACCGAAGUUCUAGGAACUUUGAUCUAUUUGGUGGGAAUUAUAAGAAUUCCAUGUCGGGUUUCGGGGGCUACGGUGGCGGCAGCUCCAAGAGAGGCCUCUCUGGGUCAGCAAUGCUCCACGAGAAGAUAACUCAUGCAGAUGAAGUGAUUGCCAAGAUUAAUCAGCGCUUGGACAUGCUCACUCAGUUGGAGGGGGGCAUGAAAGGGGGCCGAGGUGACAGGUUUGGCCAGUUCGAGUCUUUCGACUCACUCUCCUCCCGAGAUCUCUUCAGAUCUGGUGGCAGUAACUAUGGUUGUGAUGAUGGCCGUGGCGACAACAUGCUGUUGGGCCAGCGAGGAGGCUCGGGCUUCGGGGGGGGCAUGGGCCAAGGAGGGGGAGGCGGCUUCAACAGCCUCUCCUCUUCCUAUGGAGUUGCUAAAAUGCGACAGAAUAUGAGAGAGUCCUUCAGCGGUGGGGGAGGAUGGGCCGGAGCAGGCCGUCGUUCCCCCAGAAGGGGCGGAGGUUCAGGGGGUCGAGGAUCUGGCGGAGGGUUUGGGAGCUACAGGUCAGACCCCAUGUCAUUCGGCGGAGGUGGCCGAGGAAGCGGUCACUCCCCAAGAGGUGGUCGAGGCAAGCUCCCAUCCCUCCUGUCCAACCGCAUGUACUCAGGGAGUGGAGGUUUCCACCAGGGACCCUCCCAAGGCCCCCACGACUUUCCCGGGAGGCAUUUUGGAGGGGCCCCGUGGGCCGGCCACCAGCGAGGCCGCAAGAGACCCCUUAACAAACAGGUAAAACCACAAAACGAUGUCCAGAAGAAACGAAAGCAGAUGCUGACUCCCGCCGAUGAGCCGGAAUCUAAAAUAAACAAAACUGAAAGCGCAGACACUGAUGCUUCUGAAGAGCAAACGGACAAAAAUGGUGACAAUGAGGCAGCGACUGAGGAUACUACUGAUGGAGAUUCAGGUGCAGUUAAACAGGAUGAGGGUGCUGAGAAAAACGCAGCACAGGACAAGCAGCCUGCUCCCCGAGCCCCAGGCAAGUCUGCAAAAGCAAAAAAGAAGAGGGGCUUUCAGGAGAGGGUUAUGUUUGCGUGUUCUGUGUGCAAGUUCCGAUCCUUCUACAAGGAUGAGAUGGAACGUCAUUUGGAGAGUCGCUUCCACAAGGACCACUUCAAGUUCCUCUCGGGGCAACUGUCCAAGCCGACCACAGACUUCCUGCAGGAUUAUUUGCAGAACAAGUUCCAGAAAACAGACCAAAUGGUCAGUCAGUUGGAGAACCACAGUGUUACCAUCUGCCAGAUGUACAGAGACCAGGACCUCACAAGGGAUAUCGGGAUGGAGCACUUUUUGAAGAAGGUGGAAGCUGCGCACUGCGGUGCAUGUGACCUCUUCAUUCCCAUGGAGCUUCACCUGAUUCAAAAGCACAUCAAUUCCCACGACCACAACUACAAUCGCAAGGAAAUGAUGGACCAGUCCAAGAGAGCUAGCUUGUGGGUUGCACGCAGCAUCCUCAACCACAAAGUCAUUGGCAAGAGGCUGGAGAGCUACCUCAAGGGAGAAAAUCCAUUUACUGGGAACCAGGAGGGCCAGGGCGCAUCCACCUCCACCGUGGUGGACGCAACAGAGGAACAGAAGGAGUCGGUCACUGUUGAGGAAGAGUCCGAAGCAGCAGAGCCAACAACCCAGCAGGCGGCUGAUGAGGAACCAGCCGAGGAACCGGCCGAGGAGGUAAAGAUGGCAGAUGAUGACGACGAGGAGGAGAAGAAGGAGGAGGAGAAGAAAGAGGUGGAGGAAGAAGAGACUGCGGUGGCGGCAGCGGACGACAUGGAGGGAGGAGAGGAGGAGCAGUUGAUCCAGGAGGGCGAGAUGGACGAGGAAGAAGGGUUUGAAGUUGGAGAAGAUGAGGAGGAAGACUACGUCGAGGGUUACGUGGUCCACGAUGAACUUGACGACGACGAGGAUGGACUGGAGGUGGCCGGCGCUGCGGUUGAAGAUGAGCACAAAGAAUGACUUUCAGAUGAAUUCUCACCGGCCAAUGAAGCCGACACCUGACUCGCAAUGAAAGAAUAUGUAACCCUUCCAUUUUUCACUUCCACAUUGUUUGUGUUUAUACUUCGUGGAGUAGUUUGGCAUGCGUUUUGGAAAAUGGCAGUUUGAUCCCAGUCCAGACUACCAUAUGCUUUUUUAUUUUUUUGUGCCUUUUUGUUUAAUUUUAGUUGACAAUUUGUUCAAUAGCUUCAAGGCGCUUUGUACAUUUAAUAAUUUUGUCAGUCUACAAAUAAUAUUCUGCCAAUUGAUAAUAGAAGUUGAGUGUUUUUUUUCCCCCUGAUUUUGUUUUACAGCAGGAAUUAUUUGAGGGAUUGUUUGUUCCUUCUCCCUACAAAUGUAACUAUUCCAGUCUUGUGAAUAUACCUAAGCCAUAUCUCUUUAAAACUAAAUUUUCGAAAACAACAUGGGGUGGGGACAUGAUUUAGAGGGUUAUUAAAAAAAAUGAAUUACUUAGAACAAUACAUUUUACAGGCAUGAUUUUGUGUUAAAAAGAACAUGACUGGAACCCUGCCCAUCAGUUGAGACCUUCAAGUUCUUGGGAAUUACAGUCUUGCAUGACCUGAAGUGAGAGAUUAAUAAGUCAGUGUUCAGUACUACUUGCGGCUUCUGAAGAAGCACGACAAGACAAGAGCUGCUGAGACAUUUCUUCAAGGCAGU